CAGUUCCGCUUCCGUGGGGGCGGCGUGCGGCGGCGCGGCGGCGGGGCAGCAUGCGCAUCGAGAAGUGUUACUUCUGCUCGGGGCCCAUCUACCCGGGCCACGGCAUGAUGUUCGUCCGCAACGACUGCAAGGUGUUCAGGUUCUGUAAAUCCAAGUGUCACAAAAACUUCAAGAAGAAGCGCAACCCUCGCAAAGUCAGGUGGACGAAGGCCUUCAGGAAGGCGGCCGGCAAGGAGCUGACGGUGGAUAAUUCAUUUGAAUUUGAAAAACGAAGAAAUGAACCUAUCAAGUACCAGCGAGAGCUAUGGAAUAAGACAAUUGAUGCAAUGAAGAGAGUCGAAGAGAUCAAGCAGAAGCGGCAAGCUAAGUUUAUAAUGAACAGGUUGAAGAAACAUAAAGAACUACAGAAAGUGGAGGAUAUCAAGGAAGUAAAGCAAAAUAUCCAUCUCAUCCGUGCCCCUAUAGCAGACAAAGGAAAGCAGCUGGAAGAAAAAAUGUUACAGAAAUUGCAACAGGAUGUGGACAUGGAAGAUGUUUCUUAAAAAUCCCACUGCCGAGAACCAUCUCUAUACAGGCAUUUGAAAAUCUCCUUUGGAGUCUCAGAAUUGUGAAAUCAUUGUUUCAUUUUGUUGUAUGUUAAUUCCUUCAGACGGAAGGUUUGAAGGUGCAUCCGCCUUGCUAUCUCCAAAGCUUCAGUGAGUAUAGGUGUUAGGUCGUAUCUCAGUGUUAGCCCUUCACUGACAGGUAUACUUACGUAAGUCUUGAAAAUUCUGUUGUAAAUAGAAUAGUGCAUUGAGAAAAUAAAGUCAUACUGUUUGAAUAUUGCAGCAUUUACAAAUAAUUGUAAAAACUUUGACUGUUAUAUAAAACACUUUUGCUGUAAAAUACUUUCUUAAUGUUGUAGGAGGAAAAUACAAUAAGGAACUAACAAUCUGUGAUGCUUAAAUAAAUUUUGAUUUCUUUUUCUUUCAUUAAACCCUCCGAAAAUUAUAGUGGGCUCUUGUGUUGAGGGCUAAUUAUUUUGAACUAUUUUGACCUAACUUGAUUGGUGUGAUAAGUGGGUAAGCGUUGAGUCGUGUGUCCCUGGAUUGGCCCUGCACUGUGUAACUUGAUGUUUCCGGGAACAGCUGUUUCUCCAGUUGCACAGUGAUUUAGAAGCGAGGGGAUCAUGUGCCUUUAACAAAGUUUUUAUUUUCCUGUAAAAUACAAAAUUUUUUUUUCAAAGUUGAAUUGAUGGGUUGCAUCUUUAUAUAUUGUUUGAAUAUAAAAUAAACUAUAAAGGUAGUGCA